AUGGCCUUUUGGCGACCUGGUGCGCCGCAACCAGCGCACGCGGAUCCCUGGGAGCUGGACUGCGAUGCUGAGAGACACCGGGCCUUGCCGGUCUUCAACUCAUCGGCGAGCUUGCCAGUCCAGCAGCAGCGGAGACGCUUGCCCAUUGCGCGACAGCGAUUGGCCAUCCUGCACGCAGUGGAGACGCACAGGGCGGUGGUGCUCUGUGGAGCUACAGGUUGUGGCAAGUCCACACAGUUGCCGCAGUUCCUUGACGAGGCCGGCUGGACCGCCAAAGGCUACGUGGUGGCUGUCACGGUGCCGAGGCGCCUUGCGGCUGUCACGUUGGCCACGCGGGUGGCGCAGGAGAUGGGUGCAGAGCUUGGCAGAGAAGUCGGGUACCGAAUCCGCUUUGACGCCUGCGUCAGCCCGGGGAGCACCCGAAUAGAAUUCAUGACAGAGGGCAUCCUCUUGCGUGAGAUGCUCUCCGACCCUUUGCUGACGCGAUUUAGCGUUGUUGUCAUCGAUGAGGCGCACGAGCGGAGCUCCAAUACGGACUUGCUGCUCGGGCUGCUGAAGAAGAUCUGCCGUAAGCGGCCGCGACUGAGGCUCGUGGUGGCCUCCGCCACCGUAGAUGCCUUGGCCUUCCUGAACUUCUUCCGGAGGGGCGCCAAAGUUAGCGCAGGCCGUAAGCAAGGCUUCAUUUUCCAUGGGAUUGAACCUUAA